GAAGAUGAUCAAGAGUGAUUUAGCUUUGAAAGGAAAUUUUGAUGGUGUUGAACUACUGAUUUUCCCAUCAACCAACUCCCAGAGAAAUCCCAGCGCUGGAACACGUUGUUUUAUCUCUGGGGUGUUUUCCGGGGAAGAAAUGUAAUUGGUUCAGAGCAGCAAUCUGGUUCUUCACUGAAGUCAAGUAUAUCCACUUGAAUGUGACACUUCCAGAGAAAGAUAUUCCUCCUUCUGUUGUACCGUCAUCUAAUAAGCUAUCUCUUCCUAAAUGUAAUGGUGAGAAUCUGCCUCCAUGUGGUAAAUAUUGCGAACAGAGUUCUCCCUCUGGGAAUCCUUCAUUGGGCAGUUCUCAGAUCACACCAUCAUCCAUGGCCAUGAAUGGAAAUUGUCAUGCAAAAGACUCUUCAAUUGAUAAGAUGCGUAUAUGUUUGAACGAAGUCUCAAUUGAGGAAGACAGUGGACAUGAUUCCAUUGAUUUGCAUGGCUCCUUUACAAGCAGUGACUGGUCAAAGCAGCAAAAGAAAUGUCCUCAAACAUCCCAGAAUGAAGUUUCUGGUUCAGAUGCCAUAGUGCCCAUGGAGCUUCAGCCGUAUGUAACAACUGGUGCCCAUAGUAGUGCCGAAGAUGAUAAGAUGUUGAUGCAGUGUGCUACCUCUCCGGACAGAAAAGUUUCUUUGUCCCAUUCUUUGCUUGGAGGAAUCAGGAAUAGCAGGGAGCAAGAAUUGCAUGGCAUGGGAAAUGAAGUGAAGCUUGACAGAAUCUUGAAGGAAGAAGACAGGCUCAUGGAUAGAGGUGCUGCAGUAGACGUAGAAUCGACGACUUUCGAUGUGCUCAAGCAUUUGCAGCAUGAACAGAAGCAAGGUGCUGCAUUAGAGGUAGAAUCGACGACUUCAGAUGUGCUCAAGCAUUUGCAGCAUGAAAAGAAGCGGCGACAUUCAGAUCUUGUUGAGACAGCCUUACAAACUUCGUUUGGCACUAAUGAAAAAGUGGCAUGGAAUAAUGUUAGUAGUGAAAAUGUUAAAAUAGAGCAUGUGGAUAAGAAGCAAAAGACUGAUUGUAGGGAAAUAUAUGAGGCUAGUAGGCCGAUAGAUGCAAAUCUGGUAGAUGGUUUUGCAUCACAGAAAAGUGCGCAGGAUUCCACUCUGGCAGUUGUGGAGAAGUUGCACAAUAAAGUGUGUGAUGAGCCGAUCAAUUUGGAAAACACGGGAACUGCUGAGAGGUUCUUCUUUCCUGUCCUUUCCAAUCAUGCAAAGGACCUAACCUCAGCGGAGAGCUCCAUGCCUUGGAAAACACUGCCGUCAUCGGUUCCAGCUCGAUCUCAUGAUGGGGUCCCAAAUCUUGACCUUGCUUUGGGAGCAAAAACAAAGUCAUCAAACAAAGGACUUCUGCCCCUUUGGAUUGGUGUGGCAGAUAAAAGCGAUAGUCAUCCAGAGGCGGUGGCUGCCCAGGAAGAGGACCCUGUUUCUGGUUCUCUUUCCUUGUCUCUUUCUUUCCCUUUCCCAGACAGUGACAAAGGAUUUAAACCUGUUCCUGAUGCGGAGCAACUAUUGCCUGAAAGCCGUCGUGUGAAUACAUCCUUGCUCCUUUUUGGGGACUUUUCAGAAAAAUGACCUUUGGUCCUUGCACAAAUGGUGUACAUUUAGUUUUACCCAAUGGAUGUGCUGGGACUUCGUCCGUCCUCUGUUGGCUUUCUGAGGGGAAGGCCUAUACCAUUUGUUGAUAACCCACAUAGGAUUCACCAAUAGUCUUUUUCCAAAUACUUGCUUCCUUUUCUUUUUUUCUCGAGUUUUUACUUUAUAGCCUCUCCGCUGUUUGAGUGCACAGGCACUGCUGUAUGUAUAUAAGGAGUUGAAAGCCGAGACUUGAAGAUACUGAGGAAUUUUCGGGCUGUAAGUUGGUAAUCUUAAUUGUCCCUUACUUUCUUCUCUCUGAUGCUA